AUGCAGCAUCAUCUCUGGCAGUUGACUUGGGACGGCGAACUGUGCAUGUGCCCCAAAAAGAACGGAGCGAACAGGGUUCUCGAUAUCGGCACUGGUACUGGUAUCUGGGCGAUGGACUAUGCCGAAGAACACCCAGAAGCAAAGGUAAUUGGAGUCGACUUAACGCCGAUUCAAUCAGGCUAUAACAUGAACCUUGCAACUAGUGUUCCCUCCAACUGUGUUUUUGAAAUCGAUGAUGUUGAGAAAGAAUGGACGUGGUCGGCUCCAUUUGACUUUGUCUUCCUUCGACACAUGAACUCCAGCUUCGCGAGUUGGGAGAAAGUUAUCGCCCAGGCCUAUAGCCGAUUUAAGGACCUGCUUGUGAACGCAGGCUUUGAAGAGGUAGUCGAAGUGAAACGUAUCUGGCCCAUGAACGGAUGGACUAAGAAUGAGAAGCUUCGGGAACUUGGCAGCUGGUCCCAGGCCUGUAGCUUGAAAGGAUGUGAGGCGUCGGCUCUUGCGCUCUUUACCAACGUGCUCGGCUGGACUCGCGAGGAGGUUCUGGUGUUUUGCAGCGGUGUGAGACGGGACCUUAACAACACUGGCAUCCACGCCUACUGGAACAUAUACUCCACCUUCGGAAAGAAACCUCUCAAGGCGAACACGUCUCAAGACGAGUAG